AUGAUAUUACCUCCAUCUGAUCAAAUACUCCAUUCAGUGUAAUCAAAAUAGUGGUUCAAUUCUCGAUGUCAAUCCAAAGUUAAAUUGCAGUAUUUGAAAUCAUCACGUGAAAUAAUGAAUGACAAUGUUGUCACAAACACAUUUCGUUUAAUCGACAGAGAUUAAUCAAGUAACUUUGCCCAUCUAGAUUUGUAGAGACACUUGAAAUUGAAGAGUUGUACUCCAUGUUUCUCAAGAACGGCUAUCCGAUCAACAUCAAUUUGUUGAGAGGCUUUUUUGAGAAAGCAGAUAAAGACAAUAACAGUAUAUCAAUCUCCAUAUUAUUUAGAAUCUAUUGAAUUAGAAGAAUUCAAACAUAUUAUGUACGAUGAAUAGGCUACACAAUGUAAAUCAACGUAUUUAAAUAGCUUUUAGAGAAAUGAUGAGAAAAAUGAGAGAACAAGCCAAAGAAUCCAAUUAUUAUUCUACUGACUUUGUCCGAUUAUUGAGAUAUCUAUCUUAUUGUCAAGACAGAAAUGCUUUGCAAUUUUAAAUCAAUGUAUGUCAUCUUCAAUUACUUAGAAUCACAGAUUAACUGUAGAAAAGAGAUCAAAAUUAGUAUCUCAAUUGAUCUAGCUCAAUCAUCAAUACAACUAAGAUUAAUAAAUGAGUGAUGAAUAAUUACAACCUAGACCAUUUAAAAAAUAGAAUAAUGAUCGGAAAAUCUUACCACCUUUAAAUAAACAUUAUGUUGGCAACUCAAAUCCAUCCGCCAUUGCUUAAGCAUAACUUAAAUUGAACUUAAGUGAUGUACAAAAGAAUUCAACCUUAUCUUUGCCAUCAUACAAAUCCCCUCAAAACACAGAUAGAUUUAGCAAGUAAUCCACAAUCAAAUGUCAAAAUUAUAUAAGAAUCAAUAAUAAAAUAUUUAGUAAUAAUAAAAAAUGA